AGUGGCUCCCGGACGGAACCGGCUGUCCCGCGCAGCUAUGGCUGCCGGCGUCCCCUGUGCGCUUGUCACCAGCUGCUCUUCUACCUUCAGCGGAGACCGGCUGGUCCAACACAUCCUUGGAACGGAAGAUCUUAUUGUGGAAGCGACUUCCAACGAUGCUGUGAGAUUUUAUCCCUGGACCAUUGAUAAUAAGUACUACUCAGCAGACAUCAAUCUGUGUGUGGUACCGAACAGAUGCCUCAUCACUGCGGAGAUUGCUGAGUGUGUCCAAGCAUUUGUGGUUUACUUUGACAGCACACAAAAAUCGGGUCUUGAUAGCGUGUCCUCCUGGCUCCCACUGGCAGAAGCCUGGCUGCCCGAGGUGAUGAUCUUGGUCUGUGAGAGAGUGUCAGAAAAUGGUGUGAACCGACAAAAAGCUCAAGAAUGGUGCAUCAAACAUGGCUUUGAAUUGGUAGAACUUAGUCCAGAGGAGCUGCCUGAGGAGGAUGACGACUUCCCAGAAUCCACAGGAGUAAAGCGAAUCAUACAGGCCCUGAAUGCCAACGUCUGGUCCAAUGUCGUGAUGAAGAAUGAUAGGAACCAUGGCUUUAGUCUUCUCAACUCCUUGGCGGGAACAAGCCACAGCAUUGGGUCCGCGGAGACCUGUCACUCCGAGGAGCAGCCCCGUUUGCCAGCAGCAGACAGGACUGAACCCCUCUCAGAUCAUCGGGGUGCGGCAUCGAGCGCUGCGGAUGCCCCGGUUGAUAGCAUUGUGGACCCCAUGUUAGAUCUGGACAUUCAAGAAUUAGCCAGUCUCACUACAGGAGGAGGAGAUUUGGACAAUUUUGAAAGACUGUUUUCAAAGUUAAAGGAAAUGAAAGACAAGGCUGCGACGCUGCCUCACGAGCAAAGAAAGUUGCAUGCAGAAAAGGUGGCCAAAGCUUUCUGGAUGGCAAUUGGGGGAGACAGAGAUGAAAUUGAAGGCCUUUCGUCUGAUGAAGAACACUAAAUCACUUACACUAGGGUCUAGCCCUCCCUACUUGGUGUCCCACUCAGCCAUGUUCUUUGUUGCUGGGUUUCCCAACAUCAUGUAGGCAGGCUCCCUUAAUUUAACCAAUGGCCCCCUUAAUUUUAGUUCUUAGCAGGGGACGACAGAGAAGUCUUCUUCCUCAGUAUAUUGGGAGGGACUGAAGAGUUGGAUGGCAGUAUUGAGAGAGGAUUUCUCCGGUAUACUUCUUUGUUCUAGGAACAGGGGUAGAAUGAGUCUGUCAGGUCUGUGUGAUUUACCGAAGUUAGAAGAGUACACGAAGCCACCCCUAGGCAUCCUUUUACGUGCUGUUCCCUCCGUGUGCCAUCUCUCCUGCCUGUUGUGGAUUUUCCCCACUCAGGGAGCUUGUGGCUCUGAGCUGUGAUGCUCUAGAGGGAAGAAAGGCGGCAGCUCCAACUGUGAUGUGUGCUACGUAGUAUCAGGGCUGGGGGCAAAGUCGGGGGCCCACAGGUUAGCCUCUGAAUUCAACAGUGCUCUUGGGCAUUUCUUUUGAACUAUAGUGUCUGAGUUCAUACUAGGAAAAAAAAAAUGGAAAGCCAGUGUGAAUUUUUUGAUAACAUUGAAUGAGGCCAAGGUUUCCCACUGUGGUGGGAAUAAAACAAACCCCUCCUCAGAGUUGUGGUGUUGUAUGGCUGUGUGCAGGAAGCUCCGGUCUCCCUAAGGCUUCCUGUACGGGCCGUGGAGAUAACGUGAUCCUAGGCUGAAAUGUCGUUCUCACACUGUCACGAAGAAAGUCCUUUGCCUUAGGGUGCUCCCUGCUACCGGAGAUGCCGGAGCUGUGCUGUCACACUUUAUACCCACAGAACAAGGCAAGUUCCCGUCUUUCUCUUUGAAAGCCAAAGAUCACUGCCAAGGUAGCCACGCUCGGGUGUGGGUACAGCUCUGAAGGGCUUGGCAGUGAUUUCCCGGGCUAACCCUGUUUCACUCGUAAGGCUGGAAGCCCCUGUGUGCCCUCCCAGGGCUGUGGCCCAGCGGGAACCCCUUCACUCUACCCUGCCAUGUCUGAGCAGGUCAUUCCCAGAGGAAUUAAUCAUGAGAGGGGAGUGUGUAGCAAAUAAAAAUCCUUACUCCUGUUUUCGUA